GGGAGCCCCGUGGGGCCCGGGGCUGUGGGGUCACCCGUGCGAGAAGGGGCUUCAAAGACAACCGGAGGGGGAGCCGUGGGUCGUGGUGGGUAAGGGCGCGAGCUCUGGGGCCCGCCGGGCCGGCGUCCUGCUGUCUGCUGGACGCGUCUCCUCGGGCUGGUUCCUGAACCAGUCUGGGCCUCAGUUUCCUCACCUGCACAGUGCUCAUACCUACUUCACGGGGAUGUUAUGGUCUUCACAUUUGUAAAGUGCUUAGAAUAAUGAUAAACAGCUUAUAAAAUGUUUGAUAAAUAAAGUAAAUGUAAUGUGGGGGACGGAGAGUAAUAGCCCGCUGCCUUCGCUGCCUUCUGCUCACCGCUUGGGGGAGUUCUUUUCCCUUCCCCUCAAGGCAUUUGAGGAGGCUCAUCUGAUCUCCCUGGACCCCAUGAAGCAGUUUGCUGCCUGGUUUGAGGAGGCCGUUCAGUGUCCUGACAUAGGGGAAGCCAAUGCCAUGUGUCUGGCUACCUGCACCAGAGAUGGAAAACCUUCUGCCCGCAUGCUGCUGCUGAAGGGCUUUGGCAAGGAUGGCUUCCGCUUCUUUACUAACUUUGAGAGUCGAAAAGGAAAAGAGCUGGACUCUAAUCCAUUUGCUUCCCUUGUCUUCUACUGGGAACCCCUUCACCGUCAGGUGCGUGUGGAGGGCCCUGUGAAGAAGCUGCCCGAGGAGGAGGCUGAGUCCUACUUCCACUCCCGCCCCAAGAGCAGCCAGAUUGGGGCUGUGGUCAGUCACCAGAGUUCUGUGAUCCCUGAUCGGGAGUAUCUGAGAAAGAAAAAUGAAGAACUAGAGCAGCUCUACCGGGAACAAGAGGUGCCUAAGCCAAAAUACUGGGGUGGCUAUGUCUUGUUACCGCAGGUGAUGGAGUUCUGGCAAGGCCAGACCAACCGCCUGCAUGACCGGAUUAUCUUUCGGCGGCACCUACAGACAGGAGAUUCCCCUCUGGGGCCCAUGACCCACCAUGGGGAGGACGACUGGCUGUAUGAGAGACUUGCACCUUGACUCCAGAAUCUGGGGACUCUGGAGCUGGGGCUAGGUGCUCAGAGAGGGUGUUGGACUGGGGCACUGGGAGCCAGGACUUUCUUUCUAAACCCCCCAUCCCUUAUCCCUGGGGCCCUUCAGAGCUUGUCCUCCAAGUUCUCUGUACUCAGGUGGCUCUCCAAUUAGCUGGCAGUGGAGUAUAACAGUGACACAGAGAAUCACAAACAAGAAGUAAUCCCAUACUUUA